AUGUACGCUGCUCCAUCACCAACGCAUUCAUCCACAUCGGGGCAAUCUUCACCGUCGCACUAUUACCAGAGUCAACACCAACAACAGCAACAACAACAAAGACCACCGGCUGAGAGCAUUCCGCAUGACAUCUCGAUUGCAUACAAGAAGCGCCAACAGCAACAACAGCAAGAGGAGGAGCAACAGUUGCUAUGGUUCGCAGCGCCACCAGUGCAUGUGACGCCCCUGUCACAGCCAACGCAUUCAGUUGCUUAUCUCAAUUGUAAGAUGCUUCCACGUAAUAUCAUGACUCUUGUCGCUGCUCGUUGUCGUCCAGUGACAGUGGCCAGUCCAGUCUUUGCAGCAAGCAAAAGAAAGUACACCAUGACACCUGUUGUCCCACAGCCCGGAGAAGCAAAAGAACUGGCCAGUAAUCAAGACAAGACUGACAUCCAUGCACUCUACAACAAGGACAAUGUGUCUAUGCUCGAGGCGGACCAUCAUCAUGAUACACAACACCGUUCUCUUUCGUCGUCCUCGGACAGUGGUGAACCUAGUGAUUCAUUUAGCCCUACUUUUAAUACUGUCUUUGACGAGUAG